GCGAAGAACAAGUUUGUGGUUCUGAGCGGCUUGAUCCUCCUCUACCAUGAGGUCUUGGUGUUCCUCUCGGUCCCUUACAGGUGCAGCUGGCCAACAACCACUUGUCCGGACGCCUUUAGAGCAGCUGUGGUUGGAGAUCCUCAGCUCACUGAUCGCUCCUCUUACUGGUUUGCUCCCUCGGGCAUGAGUGAGAAGCAUGCUUGCUGCUGCCUCGGCGUGACUGGUGUCAGUGCUAUGGCUCAUCGAACAGCUGAGCGACGUCUUCAUGAAGAAGUCGUUCCGUCAAGUGUUGGCCAUGCGACCGCAUGCUGUCUUGUUUGUCGGCGAUCUCAUGGAUGGAACUGUGAGAUUGACCGACGAGGAGUACGAGCAAGAGCUCGCUCGCUUUCGCCAUGUCUUCUCAAUGCCGCCACAUGUGCAACGGUUGUUUGUCGCUGGAAACCACGACGUGGGGAUCCGAUCUCCUGCUCUAUGUCCCGUGUGCAGGAGGCGAUUCGAGAAGCACUUUGCGAUGAGGAAGUACGCGAAGGAGAUGUCGGACUUGAUGGUGGUUGGCAUGGACUCCAUCCAAGUGUUUCACAACACCUCGAUACAAGGCUUUCCUUCCGCCCCUUGCCAGCGCAAGCUUCUCCUCUCUCACGUGCCUCUGUGGCGAGAGAGCGACUCGCCAUGCGGAGCGACGCGAGGAAGCGCGAGGGGGAUCGACUACGGGCAAGGGUUCAACUAUGAGAACAUGCUCCCCCGGUCCGUCACUGAGAACCUUCUGAGGGACGUGGCGCCCGACCUCAUCUUGAGCGGGGACGAUCACGACCAUUGCAAACAUGUUCACCUAUACCCCAGUGCUGAGGGCCAUAAGGAAGCAACAGAGAUCACCGUUGGCACCUUUAGCUGGCUGCAAGGGAACCCUCGUCCUUCAGUUGUCCUACUCUCUAUCUCUACCUGUUUGCUUCGGAAGCAAAAAUCUCACUGCUUGCGGAGACUAUCCAACGCGACUGCAACGCACGUAGACGAAGCGCGUCAGGGGGAAGUCUCAAAAGAAGCUUGGUUUGACUACAGGGUUUGCCCGUACUGCUUGUGUUUGUGCUCAGGCCAUUUCUUUACUCUUUUGCUCAGUCUGCCCAGGCAGCUUGGAGCCGUCUUCUUCUACUUGUCUUGGCUAGCCAGCUCCUUACUUGUCAGCUUCGCUUUCCAUCUGCUUUGUUUGGAAAGUCAGUCGUUUGACAUAAGUCAAGAGAGUCUGAGAGAUCUUGUUGUCGUUGACUGAUGGGACAGAAAAAUUUGAGGAGAAGCUAAAGAAGAAGGAGCGACACUGGCGUGUUCUCCUCAAGGUGCGGAGAGCUUGUGCUUUGACAUGGAAGGAUGGAAUACGAUCAUCUAGUAUCAUUCUCCUCAUGUACGGGUGUAUUCAUCUUCUUGCUCAGCUGUCUUGAUCUUGUCUCCUUUAUUCAUCGGAAAGAUUGUUCGCAUGGUAUGCCAUCAAACCAUCUCUCGUU